AUAUGUAUAUUAUAUAUAUAUAUAUAUAUAUAUAUGUAUGUAUGUAUAUAUGUAUAUAUAUUAUACCAUAUAUAUAUGGUAUAAUUCUUUAUUACACUUUAUUCCUCUUAUAAGCAAUGACAAAAUAGCAUAAGAAAAUUCUAGCAGAAAGUUCAUUAGCAGCAUAUGAAAAUGAACAGUUUUUGUUGCAAUGUCAAAAAGAAAAUUAAUAAAAUGUUUUUGUAUUAAAUUUGUGAGUACGUGAAAUUUAGGUCUUAUAGUAAAUAACUUUAUUAUUGUUUUGAGAUAUUCAGGAUAUUCAUAAUCCGUCCCAUCUUUUUUUCAAUAGAGGUACUCUUCCCCCUAUUGGAAAUGAACAUUAUCAUUCUACGCAAAGAGAGAGAGAGAGAGAGAGAGAGAGAGAGAGAGAGAGAGAGAGAGAGAGAGAAAAGAGAGAGAGUGACUAGCUACGAUAAUUGAUUUCUAGGAAAAUGUAAUCUGUAUGUUAAAAUGAAAUGCGAGCAUAACAACCAGUAUGUUCGACGACGUUUGCAUUAUUUUCUUUUACUACUAUGAAUUACAAUUGAUAGCAAAUCCCUGUCAAUAAGUGCAAGUUUAAAUAUGAUUUUUAGAUAUUUCUACUAUGGUCAAGAUAUAAGUUGUGUAUAACUAUAUAAAUAACCACUUCUAAUUAUAAUAUUAAUAAUAUAAAAAAAAUAUGUAAUAUUGUAUAUUACUUAUAAUAAGAUAGGGCUUUUAACACUAAGAAUUAUUAUUAAUAGUUAAAGUUACAAAAGCCAUAAGUUAAUUUUUUAAGCGACAUGUGGGGAAGUCAAUCCUCAAUUAUCACAAAUCCUACGAUACCUCAUUACAUCAUUAUCCGAAUAAGACGCUAGCCGAACAUAGCAACUGGUACAUCAAUGAAACAUAGCAUACAUUACAUUAAUGAAGUUAAAUAUGCGGUAUUAUAGAAUGAUCUAUACUAUACACACAAGCAAGCUGAUGCCAGAAUAUGUACAUGUUUCAAGAAAACAAUAAUGUCGUUUAUAUUAUAUGAGCCAUAACGUCAAUAAAGAAACAACUGAAUAUAUCUAUCCCUGGAAAAAGGAGACUAUCACGAACUGGAUAAUAACGGGUUGGCCAUGGAACUGCCAAUUUUGUUUAAUAGCCAAUAUGACAAAAGAAAUCAUAAUUAUAGUAACUCUUGCAAUAGUAGUGUUAUGGCGAUGAACGUUACUUCAGUCUGUGAACCCAUGCAAAUUCUCGAGAAAAACGUGAACAUACUCAAGACGGAAAGUUGUAGUUUGGACGUCGAUCUUAAAUUUCGCGAUAAACUCGAGUGGUUUGGUAAAAUGUCGAGUAGGCUGACGGAUAAAAUUCAAUCGUUACUAUAUUUAUCUGAAAAUUACAGUUCCGUGAACAGUGAUCUUAAGCAAUUUGUAAAUGGGAUUGUUAAUCUAUGGAUUUCUGUUAAUAAACAGGUAUGUGAAAAAUGUUCCAAAAUUCGAAUGGCUAGCCGCAAGUUAUCGGGAGUGCCGUUAUCGUUGCUGCUUGAAAAGAUAAAGAAAGAGAGUUCUUUGGCGAAAGAGUUACUGAAUACUCAUGAGCACGGAUACAGUCGUGAACAUAUCGUCAAGUGUUACGCUUUGCUCGAUGAAAUUGAAGAUUUAUUGAGCAAUCUAAAAAGAUGCGAUCAUAAGUUACAACAUUAUUUAGCUAUAUCCAAGUUGAUUCCAUUCCUUGUCAAGCUAGAAGCGGCCGUAGAGGUGUACGCUUCUACUAUCGAAGUAUCGCUAAUGAACAGAGCCGAAUGUACAGAAUUACAUGUUUUUACAAUCGUUGCAAAACUUCUCACUGGUGAAUUAUUAGAUGACGAACCUAUGAAUCCAUAUCGUGUAUUAGCAGAUAACGCACCCAAGAAACCGGUUUUCAUCGUCAAAACUAAACGCAGAACGGACGUUCAUCAUUGAUGUCAGUAUAAACCAUAGACAUAG